AUGGCUGCCCGACGCUUCAUCCCUCGCGACUCCUUCGGCAUUCCCUCGUGCAUACCGAAAACUUACUUCCUCGGCCACCACGCCGCCGGUGCAAACAAAAUCAAGGGACUUCUAUCCACCAUCUCCCUCGUCCUCGAGUGCCGCGACUUCCGCCUACCCCUGUCUACGCACAACCCUGUCCUCGAGCGCACCGUCGCUGGCCGCGAGCGCCUCGUCGUCUACACCAAGACCGACCUUGGCUCCGACGCACCCUCUGCCAAGAAGAUCCUGCGUCGCAUCUACGGCAAUGGCGUUAUCUUCUGGGAUAAGAAUCGGCCGGCCACCACCGACGCCCUCCUUGCCCGCCUCCGCGACACCGCCGUGGCCCAAGAUUCCCUCACUGGCCUGCGCGCCCUUGUCGUCGGCAUGCCCAACGUCGGCAAGAGCACCCUCCUCAAUGCCCUCCGCCGCGCCGGAUCGCCCGGGAAGAAGGUUGCCAAGGCCGCCAAGACGGGUGAUCAGGCCGGCGUCACGCGCAAAGUCGGCACCUCGGUCCGCGUCGUCGAGUCCGAGGACAAGGGCGGCGUCGCCGGCGGCGUCUAUGUCCUCGACACCCCUGGCAUCUUCCAGCCCUACGUCGAGGAUGGCGAGACGAUGAUCAAGGUCGCCCUCGCUCACGGCCUCAAGAAGGGCCUCAUCCCCGACGAGAUCCUUGCCGACUACCUCCUCUAUCGGAUGAACCUCUGGGAUCCCACCCUCUACCGCCGUUACUGCGAGCCCACCAACGACGUCACCGACUUUCUCUCCGCCGUCGCCGCCCGUGACGGCAAGCUCAAGCCUGGCGGCCUACCCAACUGUCAGGAAGCCGCCGCCAGGGUUCUCUCGCAGUGGAGGGACGGCAAGCUGGGCAAGUACGUGCUCGACGACCUGCGGGAUGAGGACAUCCGGGCCCACGAGCAAUUGCUUCACGAGCCGCACCUGAGCGUGAACCAAGCCAAGAAGCUGCAAAAGGAGGAGCGCAAGCGAGAAAGGACGGGAGCCUAG